UGUCCCGCGCGCUCAAAACAGACGCAGCGCGCACUCCGAGCUGCAACACGCGGAGCGGAGCUUGUCUCUGCCUCUUGAGUCUGCAAAACAAGACAAAGACCUCGCCGGAUAAGAUUAACAGCAGACAACAUCUGUGUGCAUCAUGAAGUUUGCGGCUUUGGUCUGCUUGGUUGUUUUCCUCGCUGCGGAUGGAGAUUCCAUACCAGUUGAGCAGGACAGCCGAAGAGAGGAUCUGCUUACCCGGUGUUUAGUUCAGAUCCUUUCAAAGGUGCUCUACAAGACUGAGGAUAAUCCAGUGCAUCCAGAAUGCAAAAACAUCCUUACACCAGGAUCAGGUCAUUCCACAGUUGUGAAAAAUCAGGAAGAUGCUCAAGAGGAGCUGAAAAAACCAAGAGGAGAAUCUAAAGUCAAGGAGGAGGAACUCAUUGAGGAUCUUCUCAAACCUAACAAACGCGAAGAUCUGGAUGACGAACGGAGCCAGGAAGAGUUCCCCAAUUUUAUGAAGAGAAAAUUCAAAGAAAAACGUGAGGAAGUGGAUGAUGAACGGAGCCAGGAAGAGUUUCCUAGUUUUAUGAAGAGGAGAACCAAAGAAAAACGUGAGGAACAUGACGAUGAACGGAGCCAGGAAGAGUUCCCAAGUUUCUAUAAAAGAGGCUACAAGCAUAAAAGAGAAGAUUAUGAUGAUGAGAGAAGCCAAGAGGAAUUUCCUCAGAAAAGACAUUUUUCCAUCCUUUACAAGCGUGAUAACCCCGAUGAGGAGCGCAGCCAGGAGGAAUUCCCUCCAUACGAGUAUAAAAGAAGUCAUCUUCUGGCCAGCAGAGAAAAACGUGAAGAACCAGACUAUGAUAGAAGCCAAGAAGACUUUCCAAGUUACACCCACAAAAGAAACUACGGGGAUGGAGAAGAAGAGGACGAGGAGAGUGAGGAGAGAGAAAAGCGGAUCUGGAAGCCAUCACAUAGAUACCACCACAAGAAAAAGCACCACAAACGCAGUGAGAACGAGGGUUUUGAAGAACCAGACUAUGACAGAAGUCAAGAAGACUUUCCAAGCUACACCAACAAAAGAAACUACGGGGACGGAGAAGAAGAGGACGAGGAGAGUGAGGAGAGGGAAAAGCGGAUCUGGAAGCCAUCACAUAGAUACCACCACAAGAAAAAGCACCACAAACGAAGUGAGAACGAGGGUUUUGAAGAACCAGACUAUGACAGAAGUCAAGAAGAAUUCCCAAGCUACACCAACAAAAGGAGCUAUGGAAAUGGCAGGCACCAAAAACAAAUCAAGGAUUUGCUGAACGAGCAAUCUGAGGACAUGAACUCUCCGGAAAUGAGGUCUGAGGAAUCCGAAGAGGUAGACGAGGAUAUUGCAAAACGAUACUGGAAACCCACUCAUAGAUACCACCAUAAGAAGCAUCCCCACAAGCGUGGCGACUCCAUAGAGCUCGAGAAUGAGGAUGAACCCAUCUUAGAGAAGACUCCCAGUCUCCAUGAGUCAAUAGACAAGGCCAUCAAGCUCCGUUCACCUGAAGAGGAGGAAAAGGAAAUUGUCCAUGAGGUUAACGAAAAUGAGCUGAAGCAAGGACAGGAGGCUGCAUUGAGGUACCUAACGAAGAAAAAGAACGAGUUAGAGGAACGUCUACUUAACAAAGGUGAGGUCUAUGAGAAACGCUCCCCAUGGAUUAACAGAGGAUACUACCAUCCAGCCUGGUACAAAAGAAGCCACAAGGUGGGUGAAAGCACUGAACACCCCAACCUCAAACUAGAAGACGUCGCAGAGACCCUCCGGUACAAAAGGGGCCUGCCUUCUCAGGAGUCGUCAUCAGGGGAGGAAAAGGAUGUCUCCCAACAGAAGCUUUUCACACCAAAGGAGUUAACCGAACUUGAGAAGCUGGCCUCUGUGGAUCAACAGAUGAAAGACACAACUUAACCAUUCCAAGAACCAGCUGAAACAUCAUCUUCCUCUGCUGCCUGAUUUGACUUUACCUCAGCUUUAUGUGUGCUCACUUGGGCUGCUUUAUAUGUUGUACCCAUUUACAACUGCAUAAGACUUUUGUUAUUGGCGCAAGUCGGUGUAUAUUUAAUGUGAGAGUCUGAGUCUAUAAAAAGCAAAACUAGCUUGAUAAUGUCGUGAAUUAUUUUCCUCUUUAUUACAUAAUCUAAAAUAACAAAGACAAAUGCCCAUGUACUAUUGACUGCAUUUAAGAGCAUGCUACGUUAAAGAUGCUGCACGUGUUUAAAAAUUCCUGCCUUCAAUAGAACCCCUGCAUUGUUUGUAUUUAAUAAAAUAUGUAACUAUGGGACCAA